AUGGCGUCGGAUAUUGAUAGUAUCAUUCAUGCACCAACUUCAUAUUUCCUCUCGACAGUAACACCGAACGACCUCAAAAAUAAUCCACAGUUUGCUCAGAUAUAUAACUUCUUACGCGAUCCUCUUGCUACUACGUUUAAUAUGGUACCAUUCAAUGGCAUUAAGGAUGUUAAUAGAAAUACUUCUCAUAAUGUCGUCGACCCACUCGUUGAUUCUUAUAAACAUUCAACAACGGUCAAUCCGGUGUAUACUAUUCCAUCUGUACAUGAAAGUCAAAUAUCUCAUGAAGAACAACUGACAGAUCAAUCGAAAACACAAUUUGAUUGUUCAAAAUCUGGGAAAAUUAAAAUCAAAGAUCAGCCACGUGCAAAAUUUCGUCCACGCACUGAAAAAGAGAGCAAAGAAUCAUCACAUUAUUUACGUUGUGAAGAUAAUAUUAAAUCAGAAUAUCCAACCAUUUAUAUUUCGCAAGCAUGGAUUAUGGCAGACAAUAUUAUUCAAAUAACUCUUGUUGGAAUCGACAGACAACCUCAUGCAUAUACUAUUGAUAAUAAAGAACGUAAAGUGUCAUCAUUAAUUUUCAAACAAGAAGAAGAACCACAUUCAUUAUAUUUUCAUGUAACUAAAGAAGAUUUCGACAAAGGAGAAAAAAGUUUUUUGAUUGAAUAUAUCAAACGUAAGCAAGAUGAUGAAAUAACAAAACAAUUAAUUAAAAACCGACAAUUUUAUCAAUCAAUGCUUCGUUUUACCCGUUUUUAUCUAACUACGGAUGGUACAUAUCAAUCGGAUGAAGCUAGCACUGAAUACUCUUCUAUCAUGACUGAACAUUAUGGUGACUUUAUGAUUGAAGAUAUAUUUCCAUUAUAUGGACCUAUGUGUGGAAAUGAAAAAGUUUGCAUCGAAUUGAAAGGUCCUAUUACAAGAAAUGCCAUAACUGAUCUUACUAUUACUAUAGUCUGCAAUAAUAUUAACUGGUUCUAUCAAGUUCAAAAUAUAAAGAAAAAUGGUAGUAGUUUGACGUUUCUUAUGCCACCAUUUCCUUCUAAAAAUAUAAUUCGUGCUAAAGUUAACAUUAUCAUUGAAUACAAACAAGAAAUAAUUCAACAAUCCGAUUAUAUAUAUACAAAAACAUUAGAUGUAGAAUUAAAUGAAAAUAAUUGUAAUGAAUCAAAUUCAAUGGUUGCUGUCGGAUCUUCAUCAUUAAAUAAUUUCUAUCAGAUGCCCGAUGUGUUUCCUAUUUCAUCUUCUACUCCAGUACAAUGUGAAAAUCGUGCUACAAAACGGUUUAAGACAAUAAAUGAAUAA